AUGCCUCUUCGAAAUGACCAGCGCAUCCCCUCUGGGACCCCUCGCCCACUGGUUCCAGGAGAAACCCGUCUCUACUCUUACUUCGAACCUUCUCUCACCGAUGGCCUUCAUUAUAUUAAAGUUAGCCAAAUAAUUGAGGCACCAGCAGACCCCAAUGAGUCUGAUCAAAAUACUCAAAAAGACGCAACUGAGGCCACUGAGCAGGCAUUCAUUGCUGUUGCUUCUCAAUUCUCUCUUCAGCCAGGAGCCGUUGACUCAGUCUUCCCCACGCCUGGGACACGCGCAGAACAUACAAUUCUGCCUCACAUUGUUCUAACCGACCCGCAUUUGCCAUGGAAUAGAAGCCCAUCAAUAGUACAUCUUCCUCCCCACAAGGACAAGGAAACGGAUCAAAGUCGGACAACAUGGCUUGCGUUAAUGGUGUUUUCGGUGGAAGAGCUUCAAAUGGACAAACCUGACAUUGAUAAUGUCAUGCGCUAUCUGCCUGAGAAUUUAAAGCGCGAACAGAGCGAGACGGGUGCUCUGCGGAUGAUUGCUCGUGAUAUGCCCAAGUUGAAUGGAGUGAUAAACGCGACCGCUUUUAACAAUACUUUAGAUGCAAAAGAAGCGACCGAGACUACUGAUGUGGUCGUAUUGCCAGGCCAGCUAUUUAAAGCUUUAUUCACCGAGCCAGGUGGCGAUGCUAGCAAGCUCAAUGUGGCCUCUUAUAAGCACAUGGCUCAUGUAAGACAUAUAGCAACAGACGGCAUGGCAAAUGCUGGUUCCAAAGACGGUGAUGCACUGUUCAGUAUUGUCAUCAGCCGUCGUACCGGUCCAAUUGACUCAGAUCUACCCACGUUGAUGGCUGUUCACCUCUUAUCCCUUGUCUUUGACGAGAAUAUGCCAUUUUCUACAGCCAACGAUCGUGUAGCUAUGACUAGUCUUCAUAGCUGGACCUACACCUGUCUUCCAUCAAAGAAUGUAGCCGGUACAUCUGACCUCUUGACAAACCUAGGGCAAAAUUUGAACAUUCUGCGCACUGGAGACAAUGUUAAGCCAUUUGCCUCUGGAGACGAUUCCAGAGAUGUAUCCCUCGCAGAUAUUAUUGAAGCGCGGCAGGUUGAAGGAUACACUCUCCUUCGCUCUCGUACAGUUACUGGCGAAGUGACCGCUGCGUUAUUUCGCGGGCCUCUUGUGCCAAGGCGAGUCGAGCGUCCGUUACGAGAUGGACUUACCAUGCAGUCAAAUUGCGGUAGUGAUCUGGCUAUUUUGGAUAAAAAGCUUGGUCUUAUGAAUAAAACCUAUUCGAGUGCCUGGCAGCUGGGCAAGACGCUGGCUUUGGCGGAUGAACGCUUCUGCUUUGCUCUUUCUCGAUUACGGAAUGCAGUUCGUGGCCGUGGUUUGGACCGUUCUAAACAUGAGAUUCAUGCUCCCUUUGGAGACGAUGGAUAUGGACCACCCUCAAAGACAGCAGACAGCAUGGUAGAACUGGUCAAAGGCCUCUGUGAUAUCAACGCCAACCAGCAUGCAUCUAGAGACCCUGAGAUAUCUCUCGCCCGAAACCGACGAUGCCAACAAGAUGGGGAGGAGAUAUCCCUCAACAGCAUUGAUAUGCUCUCACAAAACUCGACUCACAUCUCAGGCCGUAUAUCAUCUCACUCAAACGCAGAAGCUCUCAUGUUUGCCACGUCAGAUAAAAAGGGUGUCAUGUAUAACGAGCACACCAUAACUGCUAGUCCCGAUUACGUCUACAUAUACUCUUGGAUCCUCGACAAAGUGCAUCUUGCCAACGUGCCUGUUCAAUAUCUCAUACCGGAUCCUUCAUUCCUCCCACAGGAAACUCUCCGCUUCUUCUUCAUCGAUGAUAAUUGGAUUGACGCAUUGAUAGAUGGGGCUCUGAGUCUCGCAAACCACUGGGGACAUGGGACGGAUAGAGAUGAGCCGCGAAAUGCCAUCAAGCUUGCUAUUAAUGAGUGUCUUAGGACCCCAGAUGAGCCUCUUGGAGGCUGGCACGUUCCACUGCCUAGAUACGGGCUCCUCUUACGCAGUCAACUACUUGUCCAAUUGCCAGACAUUACAGUCGAAGCAGUCUUCUCAGAGACUCGAAGUGAACCGAUAUCAAAAAGCGGAGACGAAUUUAGAGUACAAGCCCCUAUAAAUACGCCUCCCAAACAACCAAUAUUAGUUCAGAAGCGUCUUGCUCCAGAUACCAUGUACUGUCUAUUCGAUGCCGCGCCACCAGAUCUGCGCCGAGUCAUCUUCAGAAUGCCUCCACAUCAACAGUGUUUCAAAAUUGGACAGAUAUUGACCAACAAAAAGCUAACGGUGCCGUGGAAGAAGCCUUACACGACAACGGAGAGGCCAAGCACUGCUCAACCAGGUGAUACACUUGGCUCUACUGAUUUUGACCCUACCGGCAAACCAGCGCCUAUUUUUGACUGGAAUCUACGCACGCUUAACCCAGAGUGCUUUGCAACAUUCCUCGUUGAUCAUGAGCGCGAAGGAAGAGAGAAGGAGUUCUCUGAUGAGGAACCAACUUCAGCGGUGCUCGGGCUGCAGCUGAGCAAUCCAAUCUUUGAGCUAGAUAUUGAUGAUAUAUCUUCUAAAUAG